AUACAAACCCAGUGCUGCAAAAAUCCGAAACUGACUUGUAUGUACAAGACGCUACAACAUUGUAUUUUUAGAGUAACAGGCAUACAGUAGCAGAUCCACCCCACUACCCCCCACACUAUUAUUUUAUCUUUCUAGUUUCCAAGACAUUAUUUUGUGUACAUUAUUCUUUGAAUCUGGGAUACCCCAAACUCCUAGAAUUGUAACUGUUUUCAACCUUGAUCUUACUCAACAUCAUAUCUACACUCCAAAAGAGAUAAAAGAAUAAACCCACUUCUGAAAACAUAGCAGCAACAAGAAGAACAAAGGAACUUCACAAGUGGAGGGGAAAAGCUAAUCAUAUUUUACUGUUAUUUUUUUUUCUUUUUCUGUUGUGCAUGUCUGAUUGAUAUAAGCUCAUUUUCUUUGACUGCAUUGCAACUUGUGGGGUGACACCAAAUCAUUGCACUUCACUUUUGUCUGGAAAAGUUAGGAUCUUUUGAAUUAACAUUUGCACAUUCCUUUGGCUAAAACUUAAAACCCCCCUUUCAGCUUUUUGAGAUUGGCGGGGGGCAAACUGUUACUAGGGCUUGAUUCUGAUUAGCUGUGGUGUUUGAAUUGCAAGAAAAUGAGGGAAAAUGUGGUUUUGGCAAGUUAGGGAAUGUGAGGAGGAGGAGGAGGAGGAGGAGGUGGAAAAAGAAGAAGAAAAGAAGGGGUUGAGUAAAUGAGUAUUUUGAGACAUGGGUUGUGUGUUUGGGAAAGAAGCAUCAAAGAGGAAAGAGGAAGUGGAAUUUGCAAGAGCAGAAGAGGGUGUGGUUCAGAACUGUGGGAAUGUGAAGGAGGGUGGAGAAGAGGAGAAGAGCAAGCGCCCCAAAGGGGAGAGAAGGCGAUCUUCGAAGCUGAAGCCGAAUCCGAGGUUGAGCAAUCCACCUAACCAUGUACAUGGUGAGCAAGUAGCUGCAGGGUGGCCCUCUUGGCUCUCCAAGGUUGCUGGGGAAGCUAUUAAUGGAUUGGUCCCUAGAAGAGCUGACACUUUUGAGAAGCUUAAAAAGGUUGGACAAGGUACAUAUAGCAAUGUUUACAAAGCCAAGGAUACUUUGACAGGGAAAAUUGUUGCCCUAAAGAAGGUCCGAUUUGACAACUUAGAGCCUGAGAGUGUGAAAUUCAUGGCUAGAGAGAUUCUUAUUCUGCGCCAUCUGGAUCAUCCCAAUGUUGUCAAACUUGAAGGUUUGGUGACUUCAAGGAUGUCAUGCAGUUUGUACCUUGUCUUUGAAUACAUGGAUCAUGAUUUGGCUGGACUUGCUACGAGCCCCACAAUUAAGUUCACAGAGUCUCAGGUUAAAUGUUACAUGCAUCAGCUACUUUCUGGAUUGGAACACUGUCACAACCGGCAUGUGCUGCAUCGUGAUAUAAAGGGGUCAAAUCUUCUCAUUGACAGUGAAGGAAUUCUUAGGAUUGCUGAUUUUGGAUUAGCUUCCUUCUUUGAUCCUAAUCACAAACGCCCUAUGACCAGCAGGGUGGUUACUUUAUGGUAUCGACCUCCAGAACUUCUCCUUGGAGCCACUGACUAUGGUGUAGGAGUGGACCUCUGGAGUGCUGGCUGCAUUCUUGCUGAAUUGUUGGCUGGCAAGCCAAUUAUGCCCGGUCGAACCGAGGUGGAGCAGCUUCAUAAGAUAUUUAAGCUUUGUGGUUCUCCUUCUGAUGAAUAUUGGAAGAAAUCAAAGUUGCCACAUGCUACCAUUUUUAAGCCCCAACAAUCAUACAAACGGUGCAUAGCAGAGACAUUUAAGAAUUUCCCAGCAUCAUCCCUGCCACUAAUUGAGACCCUUCUCGCAAUCGACCCAGCUGAACGUCAAACUGCUGCAGCUGCUUUGCAUAGUGAAUUCUUUACAUCAAAACCUUAUGCCUGUGAACCCUCUAGCCUUCCAAAAUAUCCUCCCAGCAAGGAGAUGGAUACAAAGCUACGGGAUGAAGAAGCUAGAAGAUCGAGAGCUGCAGGCAAAGCUAAUGCUGCUGGUGUCAAGAAAUCACGUCCACGAGAUCGAAGUGGAAGGGGAAUUCCAGUUCCAGAUUCAAAUGCUGAGAUGCAAGCAAAUAUUGAUAGAUGGCGACUGGUAACACAUGCAAAUGCUAAGAGCAAGAGCGAGAAGUUUCCUCCUCCUCAUGAAGAUGGAACUCUAGGCUAUCCUUUGGGUUCUUCACAUCACAUGGAUCCAAUUUUCGAUCCACCUGAUGUUCCAUUUAGUUCCACAAACUUGUCAUAUCCUAAAACAAAUUUCCAGACCUGGUCUGGCCCAUUGGUGGAAACUAGUGUGGAUGCACCAAGGAGAAAGAAGAACAUGGCAGGGAAUGGGCACAGACAAUCAAAGAAGGACUCUUAUAGAUAGAAUGUGUCAGAGUAUUAGAAAAUAAUUAAAGAAUUGCUAUAUAACACCAAUUAUUUUUCACAAGCAUUGGUGAAGCUACAAAAAUGCUGCCGAUUUCUUUCUCAAUGAUCAAAGGUUUAUUCUCUAUCUUGUAUAACAAUCACCCAUAAUUUUCCUCCCUUCAACCUCUGCUUUAAUCAUGGGAAUUGUGUAGAAUUUUACAGACAUUUCCAUUAGGCUUUUUGAUUAUUUUUUAAGCUUUGAAAUAUCAUGUCUUGUUCAUUAUUCAACUUCUAGUCGGUUAUCUUUAUCAAUUGCAAGCCUUGUUGCAGCUGGGAUAUGGGAAUAAAUAAAUGAAUAAUGAAAUGGUUCCUGAA